CAGUGAAAAAAAAACUGACAGAACACGUAUUCAAGUACUUAUCCUAGCACCUUCGCUAACACAAAAAGAAAACAAAAUACUUACCUUCAUAAUCAAACAGGUACUGUUCAACGAAGAAUUUGUAUCCUUUCUCUAGCUUUGAUCUUGUGGUUAGCGAAAAUUUGUCUGCAAGACCUUUGUGACAAGCAGAGCGGGACGAGGGCCGUGAGGAAACUGCGCGAGGCCGGUGACGCGAGUGAUAACACGCUAGCGGAAGUAACUUCUUCUUGAGUUUUACUGGCAGUUGGCAAACCAGCUUAUAGGAGCAUUACCACCACCUUAUGAACUGGAGUGCUAGCGGAAGUAACGAUACACUGCUUCGCGGAAGAACGGAAGAUGCGUGACGUCAUGUGAAAAGUGCGUAUUAUAACGCGGCUUGAAACGGGCUCUCACUAAAUCCUUGGUGUUUUGAGUCUGACGUCAUCACGCAACCGUGGUUUUUUUGGCAAGUUUAACAAUCAUAGGUAGUUUAGGUUAGGUUACGGUGUGGGUUAGGGUAAAAGUUUCGUAAUACUUGAAAGACCAAUGCCCGGUUUCACAGACAAGGCUUAAGGCUAUUCCCAGACUAAAAUGAAUGUGUGACCUGUCUUAACUGAAUAUAACUUGCCCAGAAAUAUCUUAAAAUAUAUCCGUGUCAUUGUUUUGUCUCGAGAUGCACACCUGUAAUGUAUUCUUCUAAUGCAUUUUUAUAAAAGCAACAUAAAUAUCUUAAUUCAACUAAGGCAUAGUCCUGGGCUGCGGGUCAGCCCCGACAAAACGUUGCUAAAUGUUUUUUAAACGUAAACGGUGGUGCGGUUGAACACUCUGUUGUGAUGACGCAAGAGUUGAACUAUGGCAGCUGAGAAGGCCAUUCCUUGUGUUCGGAGCCUGAUGAAAUCGGUAUAAAUAUUUGAAUACUGCAAAAUACAUCUCUUCUAAUGUCUUCAAUUGUUGCGUAUACCGAGCUGCAGCGGACACAUUGUGCGAGCUGUCUCUUUAACACCGCGUGGUUUAUAUUCAUGUUGCUGCUGAUUGGGCCGACAUUCUUGACACGCCCACCAAACAAGAGAAAACGCAUCUCAAACCCUGUUGCAAACCGUUUCCAGGAAACGUGUCGUUCAACCUGGAAACCGUAGCAAAACGUUGGAGGAGGUCCUGGCUGCAGGAUGCAGUAUGGGGCGGUGCUACAUAUGGAGGCGGAGCUCCACCCUACGCGUCUCAUUGGUUAGUGGUAAACACAAGUAAUGACGUCGAUUCCUCAGUAUGUCACUUCCGCUAUAUCUAGCAUCACGGUGAGUGUACGGUCUGUAUUUGGGCAGUUUUUUUCAUAAGGUUUAAUAAUCCCCACGUUUAAUGAACUUGAUUGUCAUUGAUAAACAAUUGAAUAGUUCAGAUGCAAAACCCUCUAAAUGCCACAUCAUUAACUUGUGACGUUGAAGUGAACGUUUUUUUAUACAUAGCAGUUUGCUUCAAAAACGGCUAAAUACCACAUUCUGCCCUGCCGGAAAUAUAUAUGUUAUUAAUGGAUAAAAUGCUUGUUUGACAAUGCCAGACAGCUGUUUUACUUGCCAGUAAUUGUAUGUGUAGACACAUAUUUACACACGUAAAUGUAAUGCAAGUUGUUUAUCGUUGUAAUUUUAUGUUGGUUAUAUAUGCUUAUGUUGUGGUAUUUUUUUUAAUCCUGCUAUAUUCGUAUACAUUUUAAUCAUUUGUUGUAAUUGAAAUAAAGUGAAUGAUGUAAUUCAGUAAUUGUGUCUGCUUGUUUUUUUUAUAGACAAGGAACAUUGAAGCUAUGUUAGAUAAAUAAUAAGUAUGAUUGUAAAGACUGUGUGGGUCUGGUCUGGUUGGUCUUGUUUUGUGGUCGAUGUCGGACAACAGAGGAAUAAAGUUAAUUAUGCCAUUACUACUUUUCCCUGGUUGUUCCUCUGUUGUCUGUUGUUGAUUGCGGAAUGAGACCGGGUUGGACCUGCACGGUUUCGGCGGGUGGGGCUUCCUGGGUCGCGGCUCGUGGGCUCUCCCUGUUCUUCGUGGACGUUGCUCGGUGGCUUUGGUCGGGGUCACUGAGUGCAGCUAUGACACGUCAGAGGAGAUCUGGCCCUCCCGGCUGAGCCUGGUUUCUCCCGAGGUUUUUUUCUCUCCAUUAUUCAGCAUUGGAGUUUGGGUUCCUCGCCACAGCAGAGCAGUGCAGUGUUGGCUUGCUCACCGGGAGACUGCAUUCAUUUAUUUAUUAGAUAUUAUUUAUUAUAAUGAUCUUGCUUGCUCUAUAAACACCAUGCACUGUGCUGUGUUUUACCUUUCUGUGUUUUUCUUAUUUGCUCCUGUAAAGCUGCUUUGGAACAAUGCACAUUGUGAAAAGCGCUAUAUAAAUAAAAUUGAAUUGAAAUUGAAUUGAAUUAAAGGCAACACACUAAUUGGCUAUUAAAAUUAUGGAUGUAUAAACCUAAAGAGAAACAAUGUUUUUGGACUGUUUUCUUAGAAAUGUUCUUUCUUCACUUAGAAAUAAAAAUUAACAUAUUUAUAUGAAACAGUAAUAAUGUUCAGUAGACUUUUGUCAUUUUUCUUUUAUCUUUAUAUUUCUCUAAAAUUUUCUCUUGGAACAUUCUGGAGAGCCCCGGAUCACAGUUCGAAAAUCCCUGGAUUAAAUAACAGUAAUAGAAAAAAGAAGGAUAAUAAAUGAUAAAUUAAUUUUAAUAAUGAUAAAAAUAUUAAAUAAAAACAAGUAAAGGACGGUAAAUAAAUACAUAGACAAUGACAUACUUUGUUAAAUGAAAAAUGAGAAACAAACUGUAAACAAAGACUUUGUAAAACACCACAAACUGCUACGGUAACCAUAUUCUAACCAUAAUGUGUGUAGUAUAAACAACCAUCGUUAUAAAAACAAUUAUCAAUACACCCUAAACAGUCACUACACUUAUUAAAAGUUAUGGUAGUUUUCGCAAAGGACAAGACAAAAUCAGAAUCAAAAUCAACCUACAAGUAGUAGAAAGACUCUUGCUUACAAACUUACAAAUGAAUGAAACGCUUCCCCUGAAGUAACUUUCAUUGUAUUAAGUUUUUAAUCAUACUAUAUAUAUUAAUAAAUAAAUACAGAGUUUAUAUUACAAUCGGUUUGAACGGCACCGCAUUAAAUCCAACAACAAUGUUUUUAACCUCAGUUCCUGGUUUCAACGUCAUUUCCUUGUGACCAAUGGGAUGUGUUGCGGGCGGAGCUCCACGUGGAGCUCCUCCCCCAUAUGUAGCACCCGCCGUACUGCAGCCUGCAGCCAGGUGUACUUGGAACGUUGCGCACAGGUUUGAGCUUGAACAUGCCCCUGAACAUUUGCUUCAACAGAAUCCGCGGAAAUAAUGUGGUACAAUCUGAUUUCACCGAUGGUUUGUUUUGUCCGAAACGUAUUAAUAUGUAUUAGUGCUGAGAUAGCGUUUAGUAUUUGGGAGCUGGGACAUUAACCUUUUCAGUCGCUGUACAUAAACAGUCUAGUACUAGUAGGAUAUGUCUCUAUUGCACGGUGACUGGAUAAAAAAGAAAAACGCAACAACAACAACAACAAAACACCCACUUUUUGCUCAGUGGUCCAAACACUACUGCAGGACAGGUGUUGUCCGUCCGCCGCUAGAGGCCGCUGCUCUAACUUCAUGGCUUUUGUCUCUCGUCGGUUUCCGGUGUGACGUAAACACUUCCGGUUGUUCAGUGUGCAGCGCGCACAGCUCUGAGCGGUUCUCCGUGACGGGUUCGGUUGGGAUGUCGUCGCUGCACCCCGGUGACCCGCAGCUCGUGACGAUGAUCGUGAAUCACCUGAAGACGGAGGGAUUGUUCGACCAGUUCCGUCGAGACUGUAUGGCUGAUGUAGACACGAAGCCGGCGUAUUUACACUUACGACAGCGAGUGGACAACUUCGUGUCCAAUCAUUUGUCAAACCACACAUGGAGUCCACAACUGAACAAGAACCAGCUGAGAAACAGCAUCAGACAGCUGGUCCUACAGUCAGGGAUGUUGGAGCAGGGAGUGGACAGAAUCGUGGCACAAGUUGUUGACCCAAAGGUCCAUCACACAUUUCGUCCGCAGGUGGAGCGAGUCGUCCGAAGGUUUCUGUCUCCCAACGGCAGCGUGGAAGAGGACGAGCCCCCCCCUGCAGCUCCUCCCCCCCCCACAGAUGACAGCACUGAUGCUGCUGGAAGUUCCUCCACUGAUGUUCAGAACCUCGACACCAGCAGCUGUGACCCCACGCUGGAGCAGAAAGAGGAGGAGAUGGACAUCAGUCUCCCUGAGGAGGAGGAGGAGGAGGAGCACACUGCUGUGAAGGAGGAGGUGCCUGAGGAGAAAGAGGAGGAGAUGGAGACAGAGGAGGUGAAGCAGGAGGAGCUGGGAGACGCAGGGAAAGAGAUCGGCAGUAAAUCAUCAGUGAAGAUCAAAGAGGAGAGCAGAGAAACUGACUCCCAGAAACCAUCCAGUGUGAAACAGAAGACCAGAGAAAGACUGAGAGAGGAAUACUCUCUGGAGGAUUCAGAUCUGGAUGGUCUCAGUGACAUCACAGUGAGUUCUGUUCACACCAGCGAUCUGUCUUCGUUUGAGGGUGAAAGUGAUGAUGAUUCACCGCUGUCAGAGUCCACAGAGGAGGGAGAGCUCAGUUCAGAGGGUGAGGAAGGACAGAAGACACCCGGCGGUGAAGACUCUGAAGGCAGCAGAGAGAAGAAACCCCGUGGUGUGAGGCAGGGCUACAUACACAAACCCUUCCUGUACUCCCGUUACUAUAGCGACUCUGAUGAUGAGGUCACUGUGGAGCAGCGCCGGCGCUCUGUGGCCAGAGAGAAAGAGGAGAGACUGUUAAAACGACAACAGAACCGAGAACGUCUGGAGGAGAAACGCAGACAGAGAGCAGCUCAGACAGAGGAGCAGGAUCGGAGGAAACAAGCUGUCUCCGCUGAUCAGACCCCUCAGCGGCCGCGGGCCAAAGAUGCUCGAAAAGAACAGAAAGUUCUGGAGAAGAAAGUGGCUCUCAGCAGACUGAGAAAGAGAGAUUUCAGAAAAGAUGAAGAAAGAAAGAAAAAUGAAAGUGAAGGAGAGUCAGUCAACAAAGAUGGGAAGACGGCGUGUCUGAAGUCCUCAAGACGGCCGUCUGAUCUGGAGGAGCAGCGCAGAAAGAAAACGGACAGUAGCAGCGAAGAGAAAGUGGCCGAUAAAAACCGCGUCCACUCCUUCAUCCUGGACCUGGAGCUGGGAACAGUACAAGCUCAUCGUCAGAGAACGGGCGGCAAAUCUGAGCGCAACGUUCAGAAAGACGCACACGGCAAAGAAAAAGAACGCAAGGAGAGAGAGCCUGGCGUCUCUGAUGAUCGCCUCAAACACAAACUGAAGACGGAGAGCAGGAGGGGUGCAGAAACUCCGACUCCAGAUGAGAAGGACGAGAAGAAGAGUGCGAAGGUCAAGGCUGACAGAAAGACCUCAGUGUCCUCCAGAGAAAACAAGACGUCUGUUUCUGAAGCCGCAGACGAGGGCAAUCUGAAGAAAGCGAAGACGGACGCGCUCAAAGAGAAAGCAAAGGCAGAGAAGACCAUCGGCAAGAGUGACUCGAAGCCGCUCCGCCGUCUGGAUUCCACAGGCUCAUCCGAGGAAAGAUCAGAGGUGGAGGCGGGCUCAGAGGUCAGCCGGAGGAAAGACAAGCAACCCAGAGACAUGCUGAAGAGGUCAAAGAGGCAAUCAGAGGUCAAACCCGCAGACAAAUUCAAGGUGAGGUCGGACAGAAAAGACUCCACGACAGGAGAACGAGAGAAAAAUCUGCAGAAAUCCGGCUCAGAAACAGACAGCGAGACGCGGAAGGCAGAAGUGGGGCCGAAGGUCAAGUCCCUGUCAGAGAAACACCGAUCUAAAUCCAGAGAGGACCUGAAAUCCCAGAAAUCAGACAAGAAGGACACCAAGAGCAGAGUGGAAAAGAAAAACACAGAAGAGCCUCAGAAGACCAAAGACGCGAAGAAGACGGCCCAGAAGAAAGGGCUGAAAGAUUCUGAGAGACAACAGCGUUCAGACAGCCCGACACCAGCCGACGGAACAGAACCCUCCGCCGUCUCCAGCGCCGAUGACCCGUACGGCGCUCUGAGUGAUGUCACACCUGAAUCAGACGCUGAGGAGGUGAUCCGAGAGCCGCGUUCCGUAUCAGCAGAGGCCGACGCCCUCUUGAGUCUGAUGACAGCGGCGAGUGACAUCAAAGAGCAGGAAACUGAGGCUGAUCUGAAGAUGAAGGAAGCGGCGCUCACGCUGCUCUCUAUGGAUCCUGAUACUGCGCACUCAACAGAUGUCAUGGUUGCCAUGGAUAUGACCUCUGAGCUGGCGUCUCGGAGUGAAACUCCGCCUCCGGGCCGUGAGUCAGGAAACUGCAGACCUGAGACACAGAGUGAGAUGUGUGUGUCUGCCAGCGGCCCCAUCGUUCACCAACAGCAAGACACAGCUUCAUCUGUCUCCGCUGGGGAACCCAUCGAGCAUUUCAGAACACAAGAGGUGACAUCACUGGCUGAUGCUGAGCAAAGACGAGAAACAGACGAUGAGAGAAAUGCACAGAUGCACAAGCCUGCAAAAUCAUUGACUGCAGAUGAAACCGAGCCUGUGCAGACACUAUCUGAAGACAAAACAGAACCUCAACCGUCAUUCACUGCAGACCCAGACGAACCUGCACAGAUGCUAACUGAUAAGAUAACUGAGCCUGCGCAGACGCAUACUGAAGAGAUAACCGAGCCUGCGCAGACGCAUACUGAAGGGAUAACCGAGCCUGCGCAGACGCAUACUGAAGGGAUAACUGAGCCUGCGCAGACGCAUACUGAAGAGAUAACCGAGCCUGCGCAUACUGAAGAGAUAACCGAGCCUGCGCAGAUGCAUACUGAAGAGAUAACCGAGCCUGCGCAGACGCAUACUGCAGCGACAGCUGAGCCUGUGCAGACGCCUACUGAAGAUAUGACCGAGCCUGCACUGUCCCUGCUUGCAGACACAACGGAGCCUGUGCAGGCCCUCACUGAAGAGAUAACAGAAUCUGCUCAGUCCCCUAUCACAGCAGCAACCGACCCUGUGCACAAAGUCACAGCAGACUCAGCAGAACCUGCACGGAUCCUUACAGAUACAUCUGAACCCAUGCAGCCUGUCACCCCAGACGCAGCUGAACCCUCUCAAACCGCCACUGCUGACACAGCUGAAACAUCGCAGAUUGCCACUGCAGACGCAGCUGAACCCUCACAGACCGCCACUGCAGACGCAUCGGAACCCUCACAGACCGCCACUGCAGACGCAUCUAAACCCUCACAGACCGCCACUGCAGACGCAGCUGAACCCUCUCAAACCGCCACUGCUGACACAGCUGAAACAUCGCAGAUUGCCACUGCAGACGCAGCUGAACCCUCACAGACCGCCACUGCAGACGCAGCUGAACCCUCACAGACCGCCACUGCAGACGCAGCUGAACCCUCACAGACAGCCACUGCAGACGCAGCUGAACCCUCACAGACCGCCACUGCAGACGCAGCUGAACCUGUGCAGACCAUAACGGCAGACACAGCUGAAACUGCACAGACCGCCACUGAUUCCUCACAGACCGUUACUGCAGACACAGUUGAACCUGCGCAGAUGGACACUACAGACAGCUCAUGUGUCUCAGAUGAACAGGACAGGCUGAUGUCAGACGUCUCAGAGAAGGAGCAGACAGACAGGGAACGAUCAUCUGCUCAGAAGACAAAUAAAGAGUGUACUGAAGAUGAUGAAGAUGAUGAAGAGUCAGGAGUGAGCAGAACUCCACGCAGAGGAAGAUCCUCCCGACUGUCUGAUGCACCGCAGCGAGACACACCAUCCUCUUCACAGCCAAAAGAGGUGGAGUCUGUAGGAGAGGAGGAGCCACAGGAGCAGGGUCGCAGAAGUAGACGCUCCGCAGCACAGAUCAAAGACUCGUCCGCAGUGAAACCUGUGAUGAAACGCAGGAGAUCAGACGAGAUCUCCGCUUCUGCUACAAAUUUUGCAGCAGAUGAGAUUGAGGAAGAGACAAAAAAAUCUGCCAAACAGAGACGAGAUGGAGGAAGUACAUCUGAAGAUCACGAGGUGAUGAAAGUGAGUGAUGAAGAGGAAGAGAAGAAAGAUGAGGAAGACAUGUCUGAAGCUCAGAGGAAGCCCCCCCGACGUGGACGAGCCAGCAAAACCUCCUGCCCUACAGACGACUCCGAUCCUGGAGCAGCUGAGAAAGGAGAUGCAGGUGAGAAAGAGGACGAUGAAGAGGAGACGACAUCGAGAACAAAGACUCGUGCGGCGUCUCGUCUGGAGGCAGAGAGAAAUAAACCGAGCAAACCGUCCACUCGAGCUCUGAGUAAACUCACCGGGAAAGAAGAGAUGUCUCCGAGCGCACGGUCAGUGAGGGGACGUAAGCGGGAGACGAGUCCACCGGUUUCUCGUACUCGCGGGGGACAAAAAUCUGAGGAUCCACCUUCAAAAAGAGUCAAGCGAUGAGUCCAGUCAUAUCAAGUUCACACUAAUUCCUGUUUUUAAGGUCAGAGGACAUGUGACGUCAGGGAGCAGCUGAAGCGCUGAUGUUCUGAGAGUUUGUGUGUGUACAUACAAGACCUUUAAACGGUCAUGUUAGUUCAUUAAAGACACAAAGUGUUGUGUUAUGACCGUGUUGUUUGUAAGAUCAGAACAGGCAGAUAGUUUUAUACAGUAGUGCUGCGUCAAGUGUGUCAGGUGUGUGUGUACGUGUGUGUGAUGCCCAUUCUGUGAAUGUCAUGAGAAUUCAUGUUUAUUUUAGAUUUUAACCUUUUACUAUAAAUUCCAAUAUUGAUCCUGAAACUGAUUCUUGUUUUAUUUUUUUUCAUUAAAACCAUUACAAAA